AUGUCUCAGAAUAAUCAAGCUGAUCAACUCAUUCUCAACGCUUUAAAGAGAAAGUCGCCUUUUCGUGGUCGACCUCCGAAAGUGUAUGCUCCUAGUGCACAAUCACCAUCAACAUCCCGUCCUUCUCACCCUAUUGAGCCUUCUUCUAUCAACAGGACAGCUUCGGAGAUCCAGUCAGUUUCGGUUUCGGUGCCCUUAAAUCAUUCACAGCAGCUUCCCAAAUCGUCUCCUGGUCACAAGAUACCCCUGUCCACGGCUGAUUCCAUUGCAUCAGGAGAUACUCCUGCAUCCUCCAACGGUAUUGGUAUUGUGACACCAGAUUCGGUACCCUGGACAGAGCUGGUCAUGGCCUCCCCCUCCGCUUCAUUGUCUUCGGCCGUGCAAGCUUCAGCACCCAACUUAUCCGCUGCCGUUCCGAAAUGGUCUCCCUCUCAACCUCCGAAUCCCAUUUCGGUAGAAGAUGAGAUCAUCACUGCUAGGCAAGAGGCGGCCGGGCGCUUCCGAAUUGUCAAUAUCUCUUCCGAAUCAUACUCCGUACCACGUCCUGAGGCUCCACUCUUGGCACUCAAAGCUCCUCGCACCGACGCUAGUCUUGGGGUCAACAUACGUGCUUUGGAAACCUUCUGUCGUUUACCGAAUCCUGACCUGGUGGAUGAUGAUCGCUAUGAACAAUUCGAGGUGGCUUUUCAUCAUAUCCCGAAAGCGUUUGACUCUUUGCGUCAGGACUACCUCAUUGAGACCCAGCAUAUAUCCAAAUGUGUUCAAGUGGAAUGGUUGGAUCCCCCUGGUUUAUUACCCGCCGACAUCAGGGGAAGACAUGGCCUCUUCUUUGUCUCCGACAGUGCUGUCGCCGCAUACCCGAAUCGGACAAUCCAGCCAACUUUGAACAGUGUCCACCACCAUGUUGAGCCGAAAGCAAAGGAUGAAACACAAACAACAGCCGAAGCUCACCCUCCAACUGCUGCCAGUGCACGAUAUUCCUCAAGAGCACGUUUAAAGUGUGAUCUUUUUCUUGAGAUACGAAUGACCCCCAGCAAUAUCCGAAAAGGGGUCUGUUGUCUGAUCCGCCCGAAAGCUGCAUAUCACGGUCAACCGAACCCGUUGACAUUACUUCGGAUUUCGCCACAUCUCCGAAACCUACUCCAUGAUGCUGCAACUCUGGUGGGAACGACUGAGUCACGUCUUCGGCUUCGGUGGUACAAUUCCUUCUGCAAGAUUCACCCCUAUGUCCUAUGGGUCAAGGCAAAUUAUCCCGAGCGUCUUCCUACCACCACUGACUUCCAAACUGCCAUCCGAACGGCUCUGCGGCAGGAAAGGCUGGAUCGGCUACCACUGGCGGCGAUAAGUAUCUUACAUGAGGCCAAUCCAAGCUCUUUCCUGCAUUGUGAAUAUCCUGAAGGCCUGGCACUCGGUGGCACUCAGCCAUUCCCAGCGGACUCUUCGUUCAUUGCAAUCAUCAGUCCGAAACAUGCAUUGCAAUCAGCAAUUCGGCAUGCCACAGAUCGGGGCCUCUUUCUUGAUUCGUCUUGGAGAAAUAAGAAUGCAAUACGCUGUCCCGUCACCUUGCUAGCCACAGUAAAUGAAUAUGGUCAUAUGGUCCCUGUAGCUGUCAUGGUCUCGAAUCACGCCAACACCGAUUCCUAUACCGAAUUCUUGAGCGUUAUCCGAAAGGCUAUCAAGAAAGAAGCGAAAGCAUUACUCAAGGGCAAAUCAUCAGUGGUCUCCGAAUAUGAGAAUGAAGAGCAAAUCCUCAUCAACGCCGAAUACAUUCACGAGGAGGAUUUCCUUCCACUACAUUUCAUGAUUGAUUGUGAUGACGCCGAACGAAAGGCCAUUGAGGAGGUCUUCCCGGGAACUCCAAUUCGGUUAUGCCAAUUCCAUUUCAUGCACGCCGCCCGAUCUCGAGCACUUCGGCUAUUUGGGAGUGAUCUGGUGGGUACCGAAAAGGCCUUUGCCUUCCUUGUGGCACUUCGGAGGUGCCAACGAUGUUCCGAAGAGGAGUCUUGGUCAGAAGUUUUUGCUCGACUAGAAGCCGAUGUUGCGGCAAUCAGCAAUAACGAUCCCGAAAUUUGGGACAAAAUCAGAACCUGGCUCCUGUCUGAAUGGUUCAGCGACAGAUGGAGGGGAUACCUUGUCGACUAUGGUCUGCCACCUCAUCACACCCGAGAUGGUACUCUCUCAACAAACAACUUUGUCGAAGCGGCAUUUCGGACCUUUGACAGAGUAUUCCUUGAAUCUCGAGCCAACAAACGUAUAGACAAACUCCUCACAAUCAUCAUCGACGUUUACUUUCCCAUGUAUCUCCAUUCACCACCAACAUCUGCCCGCUGUGACCCCACGGUUCUGUCACACAUACUUCAAGGACUGGAGCUUUGGGAGCAAGGGGCGGUUAGGGAAUGUUUCGGAGACGAGAUGCCUAUGUCAUUGAGAGGUCAACUAGAUCAUACAUAUUGUGUGACAUCCUCCGAAUCGAGCAAAACAACACCGGACUUACAUUACUGUGGGAUCAAAGACAAAACUCGUGAACGAUGCUCCUGCAGAUACUUUACCGAAACAGGCAAAAGGUGCUCGGGUCUCUGGGCAUUGUACUGCUUUCACACUUGUGGCUCCUCCGAAACGUAUUCUAAUGGUGUCACGGCAAACGAACUGCGACUGCAGACUCGAGCUAUACAACUACAAAGACGGUUGGGAGAGAUAUCUUAUCCAUUGGAUCAAGAAGACCUUGUUGCCUAUUGGGGACAUGACCCUUCGGAGCCUGUGUGGCAUGAUUGGUCCUCCGAGCAGCCUCCGAAACAGGGCACGCUCAUCAGCAUUGAUAGUGCCAACCUUGAUUUUGUCGAGCCCGAUUCGCCCAUUACCCGCCGAAACCGAUUCCUCAACCAUGCUGACGACCAUCCCUCAACCACUGCCACGUUACCGGUUUCAAGACCAGAGGCUGAUAAGGGUGGCCGUCCAGCAGCUCACCGCCCUCUGCAUCCUUAUCGCCAAAAGACAGCCCCCACAAAAGCUGGCAUUCCUCGGGACGCACUACCACCACGAGAUCGACCUGUUGGAGCAAAGAAUUAUCUUCAAUCCUGUUUUGCUCUGUCGUUGUUCCAUAUUGUCUUCCGAAUUCCAGCCUUCGUGUCCGCAUUCAACGAAGCUAAUGACGCUCUCAGGCCUCACGCACCUUCUUUGAUUGUCUUACUAGGUGACUUUCUUAAAGCCAUUUCGGUAACUAGACGGCUGGUGGAUCUGAAGGACAUUGUACCGAUCCUCCGAAGUGAGAACUUGAUAGAUGAAGAAUCUCAGCAUGAUCCGUGUGAACUGUUUCUCAGAAUGACAAGCAAAUUCAAUCAGAUCAUUGAACAGAACCCGAUUCGGAACACAUUCCAAUUCGGAGUAACCUGGGAAUAUGUCUUUCAGCCCUGUUCCCACGCAGUCCCUGUCAGGCAAGAGACAUCCUCACUGGAGAAGCAAAUGACCGUUCUCCAAAUCUAUCCACAUGGCUCAUCACUUAACCUCAUCCAGCUCAUCAACCUUUCAUUGUGGCGUUCAUGCAGUCCCCAACAUUGCUUUUCGGUACCAUGUAAUGGACGAAUGGCCGUCACUCGAGCACGAGCCAAGAUGUCCUUGGAAUCCAACAACCUGCCCCGCAUGUUACUCCUCAACAUUGUCUGGGAUCUCCGAAACCCCUCUGCACACCAAGUGAUCCACCCUUUUGACAUUCCCGAAACUAUCAACCCAGCGCAGGUUUCGGCCGUACCUCCUCCUAUACUCCCCAGCAAUCUUCCAAUGUACAGAUUGAAGGGAAUGCUCUGCCGAAAGGGGGACACCGUGCAGGUGACCAGUGGACACUAUGUGGCUUUGAUAAAGCAUGAUGAUGUGCUGUGGGAGAUUGACGACGAAAAAACCUCUCGUAUGUUUCUGAACCGGGACGCUUUCGGUGGUACACGAUUCCCGGUCUUGCUGUUCUAUACACUGGAAGAUGAAGUCAAGCCAUCAGCAAGUCAACCCAUUGCCAAAAAGAGACGACUGAAUAAGCCAAGUGGGAAAGCAAUGUCAAAAUCGGCUUCGAAUCCUGAAAUACCAAAAGCUGAAGGCCCAACACUGGAAGCACCAAACCCCCAACCUCCCGUUUCGGACGCCAUACCAGCUAAUUCUUCAAAUUCGGAGCUGCCAACUUCGGCCCCGCCAACGCUUGAACCUCCGAAUUCGGGAGAUCCGAAAGUUCCUCCUCCAAACCCAACGGAACAAGAACCUGCCCCAGUUGAUGUCCAGUCCACAAGCUUGGCGCCCACCAGUACCCCUACAGACCCCACCGCUUCUCAGCCCAAUGUUCUUCCCACAGUUUCUCAGGGUACCAUCCCUCCGAAGCCUACACAUAUUUCUCCACCUGGUGAUGAACCUCCCGAAAGCGGGCCUUCCUCGAGCAACAUGCUGUGCCAAACCAACACACCCCAGGGUGAAUCGGCUCCCCCCGAUCAAGCUAUCAGUCUCAAUCCCACUGUAGCUUCUCAAGACAUUACAGCAGAACCAGAUUCCCCAUCAUCAUCCAUGGACAUUGAUCCUCCAAGUGUCGUUCCCACUGUUGAACGCUCUCCCUCACCCGAGGUUCCGCAGUACUGUCAACUAGAAAAGGCUCAGUCAGUCAUUGCCGAAAGACUAGCACAAGUUCAGUGGCGUUCGGGGGAAUCCUUUCAACCUCUCAUCUCCGUCAGCACAUUUCAAGAUGUUGAUAGCCUUUCGGACGAUCUCCUUGAGGACCUGUGCGACCAGAUGGAAGCUAUGUUUCAUGACAUGGCCGAAGAUGAGCAUAAGGGCUUGAAGCUGCAGGGUGUAGACUCCACAUUCGGGUCAAAAACGUUGCGUAAGUUCUACGGAAGGAAUGAGUGGUACACCAAUUUCGGAAUCGAUGAUAUCUUGCUUUCGGUGUCAGCUUUCAUCCGAAAUUGUGUGAAUCUGGGGAUUGGAAUGUCUGACCCCAUACCAAACUCGUUUGUUUACCGAACCCUAGCUGCUGGUGACAACUGGAACCCAUACAUACCUGGAGGUACGCCAUGGCCUUCUCUGGGCAAGGACGGGCAAUGGAGGAAAGAGAACACAGUUGGGGUUCUGAUGUCGAGCUCCCAUUUUGAGACACUGGUAAUCUUUGGGCCACAGAAGCUGGUGUUGAUGUAUGAUGGGGCAGGGGGGACUUAUGAUUCGGGAGAACAGAAGAAGCAAUGGUCACGCCUGCUAGAACGCCGUUUGUCCUGGGAAGUCAGAAAAGGCAUAGCAACAGAGGCUGAAGCUAUGGGUUGGUUGAUUGCUCCAAAUUCUCAGGCUACCAGGGAUAACCUGGACUGGGUUACACAAGUGGACUCACACAGCUGUGGUCCUCUAGCAUGUGCCGCUGCAUGUCUUCUUCUCCAGGGAAUCAGACCGACUGCUUCUGUGCUUGGGGUGAAAUCAUCAACUCUGGCUAGAGGUGAGAGUAGAAAACUACGAACAAGUGUGCUUCAACUGGUGCUUGCAAUGGCUGCACGGGAUCCAGCAAAUGAGUCUAUAUUCAGUCCGAAAGUGAAAAAAUUGAUGGACAAGUCUGUACCUUCCAUGACUUACUACAUAGAUCGCCUGUAG